GCGGCGCGCGCUGCACGUGGCCGCGGCAGAAUGAUAAUAAAGAAAAAGAGAAAAGAAGUUCAUGAGGAACCUAUACAGAAAAAGAAAAAGGUGAAAAGUAGAGGGAGCCAGACUGUCAUUAAGAUUGAGAAAGAUGUUCAAGCUGUCAUUAAAACUGAGGAUGAUGACACAAAAACAAAGGGAAGGAAAAAGGAAGAUUUUAAAGAAGAUGAAUGUUCAGACCAAUUUGAACUGAAGAGGAAGAAGAAGAAGAAGAAGAAAAAGAAAGCUGCCUCAGAAGCACAUUCAGAAGGUUCUGUGAAUGUAGAAGGCCAUCUGGAUUCAGAUUAUCAAGAAGAAUCAGAGAAACAAAUUAAAGUUCUCAAAAAGGAGAAAAGAAAAGCCCGAUAUCAUUCUUCCUUAUCAUUGGAGAAUAAUGAGAGUAGUGAUGGGGAACUUUCUAAUCAUUGUACAGAUGGUACUAAGGAAAAUAAAUUUGCUUUCAUAAAAAGCAGAAAGAACAGUGCUUUGAAUUUGGAAUUGGAUGGUGAGGUAGCUAAGAAAAAAAAGAAGAGAGACAUUUUUUCUUUUUCCCUAGAGGACAUCCAGGACAGUGAACAUGAACAGUUUGAAAAAGUUCAUAAAAAGCCACACAGAUACAUUUCACAAGAAGAAGCUUUUUUGAAUAAAAACCAGGGAACAGACAUUAUCCAAAAUGAUGGGGAGAGUUUUGCAAGACGAAAGAAGAGGAAGAAAAAGAAAGAUAAGUCCAACUCUGUUUUACCACAUUUAGAUAACGAGGACAACAUCUAUGGAGUCCCUGAUGGCCCCAGUGCAUUAAGUGAUGUCAGGAAAAUGCAAAGAAAGAAUUCCCAGGAACUUACAUUGCCAGACAGAGAGGAAAAGGGCACCACUGGGAACUCUGGAAGUAUCAGAGAGACCAAGAGAAAGAAGAGAAGUAAAGAUGUUUCUUCCUUAAUAUAUGAAGAUAAUCAAGACUACAGUCACAGAGUUCCUGAUAAGGAUCUCCCAGCACAGCAACAAGUGGAGUCUGAGGUAGAAGAGCUUUCUGGGAAAAAAGCCAAGAAGAAUAUUAAGGAUAAUAAUGAAGUCAUUGAGAAGAAAAGGAAAAAGAAGAUUCAGAAAGAGGAGGAGGAGACAAGAUAUUCAAAGUUUUCUUUAAGCAAUGACAGUGCAUCUAAAAGCCCAAAACUAACACGGCUAGAAAGCAAUAAAAAGGACAAAGAGAGUGAAAGGAAGCAAGUUGCAUGUGUCAGAGGGGACACUGUAGAAUGGGUAUUAUGCAACAAUAAUAAUGUGCUUUGUGACAGAAAAAGGAAAAACAGAAAAAAAGCAGCACCACAGGACUGUGCUGAAGAGCCAGGUUCAAAAGCACACAUGAAAAAGCCUAAAAUAGAAGACCUGGGAAGUGAGGCACUGGAACAUGUGGAUGAUAUAACUAUUGUGCAGGAAAAAAAAGGAAACUGUGAUGAAGUUAACAUAGACAAGGUGAGGCGGCAGGCUCUGCAAGAAGAAAUUGAUAGAGAAUCUGGCAAAACCAAGGUUAUCAGUCCCAAAGUGGAACAGAACACAAAGUUUGGCCAGUGGAGCACGGCUGCUUUUCAAAGUUCUGAGGAAGAAAUGAAGUUUUUUAGACUGAUGGGUGGCUUUAAAAAGGGCUCUGUGCCUUCCCAAAAUCUCUCAGCAACUACAACCAAACCAAACAUGGCUCUCAACAGGGAAGGGGAGGAGAAGUUACAGCAGACUCUGAAGAUGGAAUUCGAUAAAGCAAUGGACUUGAAACAACAUAGAGGAGUUGGUCUUGGAUUUCAAACUGCUGCCAACAAAAAAGUAUACAUAGACAAAUACAAAUCUAGAUCUAUAAAAUUUGAAGAUUAAAACCCUAGCGUAAUAAAAGGAAUGAAAAUGCAACAGGCAAAUUUUUCACUUGCCACAUCUUUUAAGUUGAAAUAAAAUACAAAAUGUUUGAGGAAUUCGAUUUAUGAGGCACUUUCAGUACAAGUUUUCAACUGCAUAUACCAGAUUAUGUGGAGCUGGGUCCUCACUUCAGCUGAACAGUAAGUUUUUGAAACCUUUAUGUUUUCUACAAAAGCCUUCUGCCAAGACUGAAGAUACCCAGGCAAUGCCUGCAACAAGUUGCAACUCAGUAAUUUUUUUUUCAAUUGCUGAUUUCAUAAACAUCUUACCUGCAUCUUAGUGAUUCAAAAAAAAUUUAGUAUUCUGUAAAAUCUUCAAGUUUUUCCACUCAGUGAGUGGUGGAAAGUCACAGUGUUUUACUUUGAAGAAACACUACUAAUAUGCCUACAAAUUUGAUGAGGGGAGACUUGAAACUCAGAAAGUAGUUUCUUAAGUGUUAGCAUCUUCAUUACAAUGAAUAGCAUUGAACAUCCUCUGUAUUUCAGCUAUGCUCUGGCAGUUGGAUUUCAAGCAGCAGCUGUUCAUCUGUAAAUGAAAAGUAAAUAUUUUCUGGAUAGCAACACCAGAUGGGGAUCUAGACUUCCUAAAUUAUAGAAAGCAAGGUAAUUUCAAUAAUGUGCUUAUUUGAUUAAUUGUACAUCAAUCUGAAUUAAAUUUCUCACCUUUGGAUAUUCAGACAAUCUGCAUCCUCACUGGCUUUUUAGUAAGACCACAAAAGAUGACAGUGCACUUGGGAAUGUUGUGUUCAGAAUGCAAGGAGCCAAAGCAAUCUUGUUUGAAAUUACAAAAAUAUAGUGAAAAGCUGUCAUGUGUUUUAUUACUCCCUGUGCCAUUUGUUAAGGAGACAGUGUUAAGUUUCACUGUAGCUCUGAUUCUUAAGCAGAGCAAGGUGUCCAUGCCUGCUGUAGUAUAAUAAUGGUCCACUUGCAGGGGAACCCCACCACCCCAGAAUUAGGUUACUAUUUCUUAUCUAGCUCAUUGUUUUUCUGCCACUUUACCUAUCCUUUUUGAUAAGAUCACACCAACUGAUCUACUAAACUUCCUGCUCUUUUAAGGCAACCUUACUUUCCUUAAUAGUCUGUUCCAGUGGACCACUCUACCUGAAAGCAGCUGCCUCCAGCAGAAAAUACACUUAACAAAACAACAGUUGUUUCCAGUGCUUUUUUGGACAACUCCUGAGGGACUGAAAAUUAUGCAGAGGCUCCAGCUUAAGGGUUUGCCAUAAAUCCAUUCCCAUACCUGGGAAGAGGGAGAUGCUGAAGCACUUCCUGCAUGGUCUGAACUUGUCUUUGAGGAAACCAGCUCCUUAAAAGUGUCAUUAAAAACCACCCCUCCCUCAGGGUGAGUCCAUUUGCCACCAGUGCUCUCAAAGCUCAGCAACUGGCUUCAGCCAGCUCUUCUAGACUUCAGCUGUUGCUUUACUGACAUUCAGGUAGUGGAAGUUCUCUUUUCUGAUUUAAGACAAAUGCUGAAUUCAGACCCUCAGCUAGUUGCCUGGAGAAAAAAAAAAAAAAGAAAAAAAAAGAGUUAAAGGAACAAAUACAAAAGUGUCAACUAGGGACAGCAUGUACUGCUUUCUGCUGCAGUCUUGGAUGUAUAGUGACUGGUCUUGCACUGAUGGAGCUGCUGAAGGUGAUCUAAGUCCUUGUCUUUGGAUAAGGACUCUUUUCCCAUCUAGAAUUGCAUACCAGUGUGUUGCUUGACUAUAACUUUGUGGAUGGCCUGGCACCUUGCUCUUGAUAAUACUGUGCACAUGAAAAUGUUGUGAUUUGAAAAACAAGACACAUGCCUGGGAGAAGAACUGUCAGCUUUUUUCAAGCAGUCCGAAUUGGUCUGGCCUGUGUAUUUGCUAUAUACAGAAGAAAGAGGAGGUCUAUAAUAAGUAGAGUGCUUUAACUAAAAAUUCUGCUCUAACAUGGAAGUAAGCCAAAAGCAGUUUAUUAGAGAGGCUGCUUUAGCUUCUAAGCUAGAUGUUUACAGUUUGCUCCUGAUAACUAACCAGAGCUUUCUGCCUGUUGUAGAGCUAUUUUUGCACUAAUAAAAACAGCAGUAAAACAUCUGAAAGCAAUUCUCAUGGCAGUCUUGCAUCAAUAAAGAAACCAAUGUUGUACUGUGCUCAAAAGCUAACAGACAAAAAUUGGUGUCUGCAGGGGGAAGAAGAAGGGUUGGGACACUGGUAAGCCUGCCAAAGAGUUUGCAUUUUGCAGAAUCUGCAUCAACUCCACACUGGUUUCAGAGCAGUACCUUUGCCCCUGGAGGGCAAUUCCUGCCAUACCACAGCUGCUUGGUGGGACCCACUUGGUGGUUUAGGGAGCUCAGAGUUUAAUCCCACUUACCCAGUUUGUGGUUUAUGUUUCCAAGCCCAACAGGAAGAAUAAUCUACAUGCUGUUGAGAGAUGUUUUGUGCAGCUGCAGCAAGAAGGAAAGCUAAAUGAAAGUGGGAGAGGAUAACGUGCAGUACUAUGAUUUCAUUAUCUGUGUGUGCUUUAUACAGAUCUAAGGAAACUCGCUGUAAUUAGCUAUGCACUAAAGGCUGGAAAGGUUCUGUAUCAAGUUGAUACCUCUUCAUUAUUAUCUUGUAUUCCUGCAGUUUUACUCUGCUUACAUAUAUACACCAAAGGGUCCUAGUUCAGUUCUUUACAGCCUUAACACAAAAUACAUAAUUUUAGAUUUACCCUUUAAUAAGCACUGAGGAGAUGAAAAACAAAAAUAAUGGUCUAAUAAUCUGGGUGGUAUGUAUUAACAACGUUCUAACUCAUUAAGUAUAUGGUUCUAACAAAACUGAUUACUUGUUUAGCCUUAAUAAAAUAUUUGUGUGCAAAAAUGUAUCUUCAUGUCUAUAUAAGGAUUUAGGUCGUUCAAAUACUUACUACUAAGCAAUAGAUGCAAGGUCUCAACAUGGUUCCUUACCAUGGGACAGAAGUGGUUGAGAGUUAAAUUUUUUAGGUGUAACGGAAGUACAGGUAACUAAAUUCCACAGGAGUAAGGUGAUAAAUUUGCAUAUGCAAAGAAAAACCCCCAGAACCAACAGAUAAACUGCACAUUGUUUUAUUCCAUGUUUCAGUGCACAAACGCAGAGUACUUUGCAUACAUUUCCAUUUUCCUUUGCAGACAGCACGUAAAGACUCCUUCAGUUUUACAAAACUCCAUUGAGCUAAAAUGAAAGCAUAAACGUGUCCAUGAAAAUGCAUUGUAGAAAUUAAUACAGUAACACUCUGGCCAUCCUUCUCCUUUACUGGAACUGACCUGACAACUGUUGGCAGCAUCCCAAAACAGAAAGACUCAGUAGGAUUACGAUAUUGCAAAGCUGCUUUCUACAGAGGAGAAAGACUAUUCUGCAAGUGGGAUGAAGUUUGGAGGCUGUGAAUUGAUCCGUGCAGAUUAUCUUCUUCCUUUGUUACUAAAAUGACUAUAGAUUAGAUUUGGAAAGGCUCUUGCAACCAGAGAGGUUCAAAAUACUGACUAAAUCAGCAUUUAAAAUAAGAAUAUAGUGAUAAACUGGAAAGAGAAAUUCAGGUUAAAUUAUUGCACGGAACAGUUUUACUUGCAUCCAGGUAAAUCUGUCACACUAAGUAAAAUACAAUUAACUCCUCCAGUCAAAAUCUAUGUCAGGGAUUUUUGGCCUUGGCUACAUGCUCCCUUGUACAGAUGACUCCUUGGAAAAGAGGCAUUCAUCAGGUCCUGGAUGGCAGAGGAAGCCGAAGGGCCAAGUCUGUGAAGUGACUCAUUUCAGGCUGCUUGCUUCGCCUCUUGAUGUAUUCUAGUGCUUUGGCCUGGGUAUGAAAGGAAAUAUUUUUAUAUUUUUAGUGUCUUUGUCUGUUGUCACUUAAUUCAACUGAUGUGAAGGUGUUUUAAAAGACUCAUGAUUUCUCUAAAUUUCACAGGUUUCACGAGCACUUGCAUUUCUUACUCUGCAGCUUGUUAUUAUGUAUUUCUCUAAAAGGCUCUGGAGUGCACUUUCCAAGCUUAGACCAUGCAGUUCCUCUGCUAUAUAAAAAUGCUGUAUUUCUCUCGAGGAUAGUUUUCUGUACUGAAUAAAGUUACAGCACCCAACA